AUGAUUAAUUUAGCUGUGCAAAUGAACUGGCCUUUAUUCCAACUUGACAUUAACAAUGCCUUUCUAUAUGGAGAACUUGAUGAAACUGUUUAUAUGACUUUACCUGAAGGAUACUUUAAUUCUGAUGAUCAAAGAGUAUGCAGGUUGAAAAAGUCUUUAUAUGGGUUAAAACAGGCUCCAAGACAAUGGAAUGCCAAGUUAACCCAAGCUUUACUUGAAAACAAUUUUGUGCAGAGUAGAAGUGACUACUCACUUUUUACAAAAAGUGAGGGUAAUGUGUUUAUUGCCUUAUUGGUUUAUGUUGAUGACAUUAUUGUCACUGGUAACAAUAUUGAUGUUAUUAAUGAGUUUAAGAUGUUCCUUAAUUCUAAAUUUAUGAUUAAGGAUUUAGGUUUACUCAAAUAUUUUUUGGUUAUUGAAGUCAUUAAAACUGAGUAUGGUCUGUGCUUAUCUCAAAGGAAGUAUUGUAUGGACUUGUUAAAUGAAUUUGGCCUGCUUGCUUGUAAACCCUUUGCAACACCACUUGAGCAGAAUUUGGUUAUUACCAGUGAAGUUAGUGAGAAAGAUGGUAUCAUUGAUAAUGUCAUUGAAUAUCAAAAGCUUAUUGGAAAAUUAAUCUAUCUUACUCAUACUAGGCCUGAUAUUGCCUAUUUUGUUCAUUGUUUGAGUCAAUUUAUGCAUAAACCAUUAAAAUCUCAUAUAAAAAUUGCUCUUAGAGUAUUGAGAUACUUGAAAGGGUUACCUGGUUUGGGGGUUCACAUUGUUAAGAACCCCAAGUUAUCCCUUGAAACUUUUGUUGAUGCAAAUUUGGCUAAAUGUGUGGUUACUAGAAAAUCUGUUAUUGGUUUCUGCUUGUUUUUAAAUGGAUCUCUUGUCUCUUGGAAAAGUAAGAAACAACUCACUUUGUCUAAAACAUCUGCAGAAGCAGAGUAUAGAGCUCUUGCUUCUGCUACUUCUGAGAUUGUUUGGAUUCUAAAACUCCUUGAUGAUUUGAAAUGGGGCAAAUGGCUCCCUGUUCCUGUAUAUUGUGAUAGUGAGGCUGCAAUUUAA